AUGGUGUUAGCGGAGAGGAGAGAGGCAAAGUUGGCUGAGCUACUACGUUGGGGCGUAGGGCUAGAGGCUGAACUGGAGGCUGCUCUUGAGGAGAGAGCUCAGCUCGCCAAUUCUCGAGUUGGAGGGUACGAGCUAUGUGCCCUCUUCCCCCGAGUUGGGUGUCCGAAGUGCGCAUAUUCCUUAUGUGCCCUGGAUGUUUGUCUNGCCUUCUUGCUCUCGAGCUCGCCAAUUCUCGAGUUGGAGGGUACGAGCUAUGUGCCCCUUUCCCCCGAGUUGGGUGUCCGAAGUGACCCCAGACUGAUUCUUGAUGAGAUUAUGAGGGUGUGCCACCUUAGCCUAGUUGAGGCAGUUCCUUUAUCCACACUAGUCACAACUCAGAAUCUUUUCAGAUUUCAACUUGGCCCUGAUUCGGUUUUCAUCCUAGCUGUUGCCCCGAUUGCCCUUCUCCUGUUAUUGACGAGGAUUCUUCCCUAG